AUGGACGACUUUGACGACAUCAAUUUCCGACUCCAGCGGCUCCAAAUCGCCAGACAGGAGCUGCCACAGGUGGUCCUCUUGGCCAGCGGGAACCGUUGCUUCAGACUGUCGGAGGACAAUCAAAAGAUGGCAUCUCUCGACGAGUUUCUGAAACCCCUACAGGCUCUAAACGAGGCUACUCAGCAUCUAGGCGGGGAUUUCAUCGUGGCCUUGUUAGCCCCGGCUAUGCUGCAUGUUUCAACUAUCGACAGACUAUCAUCUAGCAUCCUCAAUCUCCUGGAGAAACGGAUGUCGGUCCAUGUUCGACUCACCCCGCUCAAGGAGCAUGGUCUUCCGCAAGAUAGGAAAAUCCUGACCAUGAUAGCAUCCCCGUACUGCACCGAGUUGCCUUGGAAUGCUGAUAAUAUUGAACUGGCGGCGGGCAAUACCAGAUCGACCGUGGAGGAUGCCAUUGGCGACUUGGGCUUCCCAAACCCCCGUGUACCCAGCCACACAAGGAGCGGCUUUGUCUGCAGGAGUCCUAGCCAGAUGGGCGACAACCGAGUCUAUAAUCAUUACACAGGCCAAGUAUUGGAAGCUGGUCAAGAACCGAUCGUGGUGGAGGCAGACACGAUACUCGACGGAUUCGACGAAUGCAAACCAUGGAUUCACUCUGGGUCUUGGAUCUUGGGUCUUGGAGUUUGGAUUUUGGAUUUUCCGCUGACCAUUGCUGCUUCUUACAAAGUUCGCCGCGAUCGUCUUACUGUCCGUGAGCUCGCCCGCAUCCAAGGAUUUCCCGACAACUUUAUCUUCUACGGCUCCAUGGCCGAUCAGUACGACGAUAUCUGGCGAGCUGUGCCUCCGACCGUGACCAAGACUGUUGCGCAGCUGGUUUGGCAGCUGAUUGAGGGACGGGGGCCAGUUAAGACGGAACGACUGAAUCGCCGGUCUCAUCCUCGGUCUCAUCAUUGUCCUCCCUCUUCAUCUACGCCCCUGUCUACGUCUGCAUCUACAUCGACCCGAGGGUACAAGAGACCGAGAGUGGACAGUGCGGACGAAGAUUGA